UCCACUCUUAUAUUCAACUUUAAAAUUGUUGUUUCUCCACUUGACUUCUUUCACCUCAAUCUAAGCAAUCACUCUCAUUCAACCAAAAGCCCCCCACCGACUCCCUCUUUAUGCCCUAAUUAUAGUACCAUCUUUAUUUUUUUCUUUUUUAUUUUCUUGGACAAACAAACACAAUCUUCACUCCAACCCACCGAAAUUAACAUGGGAAUCAAAACAUACAUGUCUGUUUUACACCAUUGAUCGAAAAAAAAAACCCUUGUCAAAGGUCAAAGAUUCAUGGUCUUUGAGCAAUAAAGUCAACUCAUUUCUCCACAACAGGUGCAGUUUCUUCAUCUCUUUAGCGAAAUUUCGAAUCUUUACUGCUUUUUAGCAUCUGGGUAUCUUUGAUUUGGGGGUAUUCAAGUGUUUGAUGUGUUGUUUGUUCAUAAAGAUUCGAACUUUAGCCUUCUUGAAGCCCUAGAUGUCGAUUUUUGGUAAGAAUUUCAAGAAACAUGCUCAUAGUUAUUCUGGAAGAGUGUAUAAUAGUGAUAGAAAGUGGAUUAUCCCCUUUUUUGUGAGUUUGGUUGUGUGGAUUACUCUAAUUUCAGCUGCAAUUUUUGGGUAUUAUUCAUCAUCAUCAUUAUCAAAUAAUCAAGAUUUGUUGAGUUUCAACAUGGCAAAAUCAGAUGAUUCUGGUGGGUAUUUUGUGGAGAUGAAUAUGGAUAAACCUAGUGAUUUUCCUAAAGAAAAAGCCCCUAGAUUAGCUUACCUUAUUUCGGGUACAAAGGGUGAUAGCAAGAGGAUGAUGAGGACUUUGCAGGCUGUAUAUCAUCCAAGAAAUCAGUACAUUUUGCAUAUGGAUCUUGAGGCCCCGCCCCGCGAAAGAUUGGAGCUAACGAUGGCGGUUAAGAACGAUCAAACUUUCGCUGAAGUCGAGAAUGUUAGGGUGAUGGCUCAAUCGAAUUUGGUGACUUAUAAAGGUCCCACAAUGAUUGCUACAACCCUUCAAGCGAUUGCAAUUUUGUUGAAGGAGAGCUUGAGUUGGGAUUGGUUUAUAAACCUUAGUGCUUCGGAUUAUCCUCUAGUGACACAAGAUGAUUUGCUUCAUGUUUUCUCUAAUCUGUCAAGAACACUCAACUUCAUAGAACACACAAAACUUACAGGAUGGAAAUUGAACCAAAGGGCAAAACCCAUUAUUGUCGAUCCGGGUCUAUAUUUAUCGAAGAAAUCGGACCUUGCAAUCACUUCACAGCGUAGAUCUCUUCCUACAUCCUUUAACUUGUUUACAGGCUCGGCAUGGGUCAUGCUUACCCGAUCAUUCGUGGAAUAUUGCAUAUGGGGAUAUGAAAAUCUCCCUAGAACAAUACUAAUGUACUACACAAAUUUCGUCUCAUCUCCGGAAGGGUAUUUUCACACAGUUAUAUGCAACACAAAAGAGUUCACAAGCACCGCGAUAAGCCACGAUCUUCAUUACAUCGCGUGGGAUUAUCCCCCGAAACAGCACCCGCGCUAUUUGACCAUCAAAGACUUCGAAAAGAUGAUCAAUAGCAGCGCCCCAUUUGCUAGGAAAUUUCCGAAGGAUGAUGUGGUUCUUGACAAGAUUGAUAAAGAGCUUCUGGGCCGCACCCAUCGGUUCAGUCAAGGUGCGUGGUGUGUUGGUGGCUCGGAUCAUGGGUCGGACCCUUGUGCGGUUCGCGGUGAUGAUUCUGUUUUCAGGCCCGGGCCGGGUGCUGCUAGGUUGAGUGGACUCUUUGCACAGCUUUUGUCUGAUGAUUUUAAAAACAAAAGUUGUCCUGUGUGAAUGGUUGGUUGGUGUAGGAAACAAGAAGUGAGUGAGAUUUUGCACAAAUGUACAUUUUUUUUUUCAUAAAUCAAAAGUUUUAUGUUUCUUUUUCUUUUUUCUUUUAUAUAAAAUGAAAAUUUUCAACUUGUAAA